GCUUCUAGAAGUUUCUUCAGUCCACCUCAACGCACACCUUUGGAAAGGGACGAGAGAAGACCUGUAGCUAGUCAGAGAUGGCAGUGGCAGCGGAGCCAAUGGAGUGCGACACCAGUCAGCCUGAACUGGACGCCGAGGCGGCGGAGGUGUUCAAGCUGAGCGGGAACAAGGCCUACAAAGAGGGCGAGUACGCGGAGGCCUGCGAGUUGUACACCAAGGCCAUCUUCCACAACCCAGGCAACGCCGGGUUCUACGGUAACCGCUCCGCCUCCUUGCUAAUGCUGGAGCAGUACCAGAAGGCGCUGGAGGACGCCGUAAAGAGCAUAUCUCUGGACGAGGACUUCGUGAAGGGUUACCUGCGAGCGGCCAAGUGCCACUUGAUGCUUGGCAACCCCAGUCUCUCCAUUGACUACUACCACAAGGUCAUAGAGAGAGCUCCGGGGAACUCUCAGGCUAAGUCUGAGGUAAACUUACUGGUUUGACGGUUGUGUAUAUACCAACACUAUGUAGGUACUGUAUUAGCCUCAGGACACAGGCCUUCUUCACAAGCAAUGGUUUUGUUUGUAGUUUCGAAGAGCUCUUAACUAGUGUUCACACUAUAACAGGGAAGUUCUGAAGCACUUGUGUGUUGUUACUGCAUCUAUUGUGUGUGGUAUGGUGUAGUGUGUUAGAUCACUGCUGAACUAUGACAUCCUCACUUCCUCAUUCUGUGCGACAGGAAGUUUAGAUCACUGCUGAACUAUGCAUCCUCACUUCCCCAUUCUGUGCGGCAGGAAGUUUUGAGGGCUGGAGACCAGUAAAAGAGUAGACGACUCGCUGCAGAGGGCCAAAGCUGCCGCCGUAAAGAGCGACUUCAGAACGUCGGUCUACUACCUGGACCGUUGUCUGGAGGCUGCCCCUCGCUGCCUCAUCUUCCUGUCACUGAGAGCUGAGGCUCUGGCCCUCUGUCAGAGAUAUGACGACGCUCACGCCAUGUGCAAUGAUAUUCUGAGGAGAGAUAACAACAACCCAGAUGCCCUGUAUGCCAAGGCCAUCAGCUACUACUACCAGGACAUGCAGGACAAGGCCAACUCCUUCUUCCAGAGAGCUCUUAGAGCCGACCCUGACCACCACAAGUCCCGCCUUGCCAUGAAGAAAUCAAAGAAGCUCCUGGCCAUGAAGGAGGAGGGGAACAUGGCGUUCCGUCAGGGUCGCAUGGAGGAGGCUCACCACCUGUACUCCGAGGCCCUCACUGUCGACCCCCUCAACACCCUCACCAACGCCAAACUACACUGCAACCGGGCCCUCGUGGGGUCAAAGAUUGGUAAACUGGAAGAGUCAAUAGAAGACUGUACCAAAGCAGUGGAACUAGACCCUAACUAUGUCAAGGCCUUCCAGAGGAGAGCUAAACUCUACCAGGAGGCAGGUCAGCAUGAGGAGGCAGUGAGAGACCUGGAGAAGGUCCAGAGAAUGGAGCCUUCUCGGGAGAACAGGGCUGGUCUUCAGUCCAUAUCUCUCUCUCUGUUUCAUCUUCUCUCCUUCCCCCGUGCCAUCUCCUACAGGAUGGUAAACGAGCAGCUGAAGCUGAGCCAGAGAAAGGACUACUACAAGAUGCUGGGCGUCAGUAGAAAUGCAACUCCUGAUGAGAUCAAGAAGGCCUACAGGAAGAAAGCCAUGGCUCAUCACCCAGACCGCCAUGCGACAGCCACACCAGAGGAGAGGGAGAAGGAGGAGGUCAUUUUCAAGGAGGUGAGUGAGGCAUAUCAGGUCCUCUCCGACUCUCAAAGAAAACACCGCUACGACUCUGGACAAGACCUGGAGGAACACGGUAUGGGUAUGGACAUAGACCCCACCACCCUCUUCAGUACCAUGUUUGGAGGAGGAAUGGGAGGAUUCAGUUUCGCUGGAGGUCAUGGUGGGCGGAACCACACAUUCUCCUUCAGUGGUGGACCUGGAGAGUAUACCUACAUGUUUUAACUCUCUCUCCCUCUCCUUCAUCAAGACCCACACCUCAUUCUGAACUCUCCAUUCCCUCCACCUUCCUCUGCUGCUCUUCAAGACCCACACUGUUUGAACUUCCCUCCUACUCUCCUUCAUCAAGACCCACACCUCAUUCUGAGCUCUCCCUCCCUCUUCCUCCCUCUCUCCUUAUGCUCUCCCUCCAUGUUUUGAUUAUUGCACACCACAGUUCUUCAAAACAGAACACCUCACCUCUCUAAUAUCUUUCACUUGUCUCUUGUAUAAUUAGGGCAACAAUUAUGAUAUUUAAUUAUUGAUUUGUUAUCCCAAACUCUCUCUCCUUGGUGUGAGGUAACAUCACCUCAUGACCUCU